UUUGCAACUGCUGCUCGCUCGCGAAGCAAUCACACUUACCAUUUUGUCCGUGAAAUCUAUAGAUGAUCGAAAGCGAACCCCGCGGCUUUGGCAGGAGAGCUGAGCGAGUCGUUCCGGAACUGCAAGUUCACCAUCAGCAUCAGCCUCAACCUCAAGAGCAGAACGCCCAAGCCCAAGCCCAAGACCAACAGCAGGUUCGACAACUCGACAACAGCGACAACAGCAACGAAAGUAACAGCGUAGCACCUGCCCGUGAGCCGGCACCAACAACCGCGGAGGAGGACGCCCGAGUCAUCCGUGUCAGCGAGACCACUACGAAUACCGUCAGUGAGACAGCCUCAGGAGCGACACCCGCUUCCAGCGAUAACCGCAACAACACCAACAUCACCACCAACCCAAACAACAACAUGGGUCUCGCCUACAAUGUCUACCUCAACAGCGGCAAGAUUUAUGGGUGCAGGAACUGCAAGACCCAUUUGGCUAAUCAUGAGGACAUCAUCAGUAGGAACUUCAGAGGCCAACACGGAAAGGCCUACCUCUUCAACUCGGUCGUCAACGUCGAGACCGGUGAACCCAGCGAGCGCAACAUGACGACGGGCCGCCACGUCGUCCGGGACAUACACUGCCGCCAAUGCAAGGAGGUGGUCGGAUGGAAGUACGAUCGAGCCUAUGAGCCCAGCGAGAAGUACAAGGAGGGCAAGUUUAUUUUGGAGGCCGAGUUGCUUGCCAAUGUGAACUAGGUUUGCCAUGACCUGGUCUGAUGACGGUGUACGAUGCCUUGGAGCUUGCACUGUAUUGCAUUGCUGCCGUGCAUUGCUAUGCUUGAACUUGGAGUGCUGGGGCGCUUAAUGGACCAUGAUGGUUCGGGGGUUGACUGGAUGAAGUUGAUGAGGCAAGAUGGAAGGAUAAGUCGAGUCGGAUGGCACAGGACGACAUAGCGAAGGAUGGACAGAAGGACAGACGGACGAGAUGAUUUACGACAUGAUACGACUUGGCACGAUAUGACAUGAAGGAAGAAGCGCCU